AGGGGAAAGGACGCCUUGCUUCCUCUUUGCCAGCACAGUUAUGAGACGCCUCUGCGACUGGGAUACGCUGUGUUUGCAAAUAGCUGGACUACCUCUGCUUUACUGUCAACAGAAAUAGCUCGUUAGCUAGCUAUAUUUUUGUUAAAUGUAGCUACUUAGCUGCGGCGAGUUAUCUCUGUCCUGCUUGCUAAUCGAAAUUUUACCUAUCCGGUCUGUUAGUUUACUAGAUAGCCUAGGCAGGCUUUCGACCACCACAAAUAGAUUACAGGACACAAAUUAUCGGAGGCAUCUGUACUGAUUGCUCACUCGUGGGCUAGACAGCCAGCUAACUUGUGGUAUGUAGCUAGCUACCCGAUGUGAAGUGUUUUAUGUGUACCUAGCGACAUGCAGAAAACUCACUUGUUACUUAUGCGACUUGAACCGCGGUUGAAAUAGCUAACCAGAUAGUAAGAGAGCCUGGCUAACAAUUAACAGAUGAGGUCAGCAAGCUAACUACGUUAUUGUUAGCUAUCUCGUCGACGUUGGAUUUCUGACUGUCUGCUGGAGCAAAUGAGCAGCGAAAGCCCAUAACAAGCUCUGAUGUCCCUUUUGCCUUGACUGGACUGGAUUGGAUUGGGCUGCGGUCAUGAUGCCGAUGAUCCUGACGGUGUUCCUGAGCGACAGCGAACAGCUGCUCACCGAGGUGCCCAUCACCCCGGAGACGACCUGCCGCGACGUGGUGGAGUUCUGCAAGGAGCCCGGGGAGAGCGGCUGCCACCUGGCCGAGGUGUGGCGGGGCAACGAGAGAGCCAUCCCCUUCGACCAUAUGAUGUACGAACACCUGCAGAAGUGGGGCCCCAGGAAGCAGGAGGUGAAGUUCUUCCUGCGCCACGAGGACUCGCCGGCUGAGAGCAGUGACCAGGGAAGCCAGCAGUCUCAGGACCAGACCAACAAGAAGAAUGGAGUCAACGUGGACAAGCACUGUGAGAACGGGGUGGGGAACCCCCGAGUGGAGCUGACCCUGUCGGAGCUGCAGGAGAUGGCCACGCGGCAGCAGCAGCAGAUAGAGGCCCAGCAGCAGAUGCUCGUCGCCAAGGAGCAGCGGCUGCGCUAUCUGAAGCAGCAGGAGCGGCGGCAGCAGCAGGCGGUGUCCGAGAGCGAGAAGCUGCAGCGCCUCAAGGAGCGGGUGGACAAUCAGGAGGCCAAGCUCAAGAAGAUCCGGGCCAUGCGGGGCCAGGUGGACUACAGCAAGGUCAUCAAUGGCAACCUGUCGGCGGAGAUCGAGCACAUCAACAGCAUGUUCCAGGAGAAGCAGCAGGAGCUGCAGUCGGCCGUGCUGAAGGUGGACCAGCUCACGCAGCAGCUGGAGGACCUGCGCAGGGGCAAGCUGAACGGCCUGCAGACGCUGAGCGGCCAGGUGACCGGCACGGCCGCGCUGGAGCUGCGCAAGCUCUACCAGGAGCUGCAGAUCCGCAACAAGCUGAACCAGGAGCAGAACAGCAAGCUGCAGCAGCACAAGGACCUGCUGAACAAGCGCAACAUGGAGGUGACGCUGAUGGACAAGCGCAUCAACGAGCUGCGUGAGCGGCUCUACAAGAAGAAAGCCGAGGCACGUCAAAAAGAGAACGUCCCUCUGAACAGGAUCAACGGGACCCCUUCCCCGCAGCCGGUCCCCGGCAGCUCGGGCCGGGUGGCCGCGGUGGGGCCUUACAUCCAGGUCCCGGUGCCCGGCCGGCAGGACGGGGGCUACGCGGUGCCCCCCGACCCCCUGAAGCCGCAGUCGCUGGGCGUGACCGCCACCAUCAACCACGCCCGCUCCAAAUCAGAGACCGAGGGGCGCGGUGUGAGAAAGCCCGCCGGCCCGUGGAAAGUCUCUGAUUUAGACAUCAUAGUGGAUCCUCUGUUGCCGUCCCCUCCCGAGCCGAGGCUGGGCCCGGGGGUGCCCCCGGGGGCCGACAGUGUGUCCCCCAACGAUGCCAACUGGCCCACGCUCAGCAAGGGCACCUCACUCAAGCCCUCUGACUGGAAGGAUUCUGCUAUGGACACAGGCAAGAUGGUCGCUCCGGGCACCCCCACCAUGACGCAUGCGGACAAGGUGCUGGACCCCAGUAAGCUGGUGGGUUCGGUGCCGGCCUUGUCAAAGCCGCUGCCCCCCAGCUACGGUACCUACCCCAGCGUGGCGCUCCUGUCGUCCGCGGGUUCCACCAGCUCCCUGGAGCGCCGCAAGGACAGCCUGCCCCGGUCUGCCGCCAACCCGGCCUGGCAGAGGGCGCCAGUCCCGCCCGGCUCCUCCUCCCAGCAGAUCCAGCAGCGCAUCUCUGUCCCCCCCAGCCCCACCUUCCAGCCCGGCUCCCCCAUGUUCUCCCCCGGGGAGAGGCCCGACCCCCCGCUGGCCGUGGCCGUGCGCCCCUACAUCCCGGACAAGGGCUCCCGGCCCCAGUCCCCCAGGAAGGGCCCCCCGACCAUGAACUCCAGCUCCAUCUACCACAUGUACCUGCAGCAGGCCGCGCCCAAGAACUACCCGCUCAACAGCAAGGCCACUGUCAAAGCAGUGUAUGGGAAGCCGGUCCUACCCUCGAGCUCCACAUCGCCCUCCCCGUUGCCCUUCCUGCACGGGACGCUGGGCUCCGGGGGGCAGGACGCCGGUGAGGACGCGGGGGAGAGGGAGGGUGACUCUGAGGGUGGCCCCUCGGGGCCCGGGGAGGCCCCGCCGAGCGUGGACAACAUCCCCCGGCCCCUGAGCCCCACCAAGCUGACGCCCAUGGUGCACUCGCCCCUGCGGUACCAGAGCGACGCCGACCUGGAGAUCCUGCGCAAGAAGCUGGCCAACGCGCCGCGGCCGCUGAAGAAGCGCAGCUCCAUCACGGAGCCCGAGGGCCCCAGCGGGCCCAACAUCCAGAAGCUGCUGUACCAGCGCUUCAACACCCUGGCAGGGGGCAUGGAGGGCGGCGGCGGCGGAGGCGGCACGCCCUUCUACCAGCCCACCAACCCCCCCGACUACAUGGCCGGCGUCCUGGCCGACAUGGACAACGGCAACGCCGCCAACGCCAACCUGCCAGAGCCGCCGGCCCACCUGACGCCCCCCGGCGAGCCGCCCGGCCCCGACCCCCUGCCGCCCGCCCCCGCCCCCUCCUCCGACGCCAACGACAACCAGCUGCUCCCCCCUCCCACCGAGGAGCCCGCCCCCACGCAGCCCAUCCUGGCCCCGGACACCGCCGAGGACGACAACAACAACAACCCCGCCCCCACCGACACCAUGCCCAGCCCCAUCCCCGAGGCCGGCUCUCCGGAGGAGGCGGGGACGUCUCCCCAGCCCGUGACGCCUCUCUCCCAGCCCACGGUGAAACGCACCAACCUGAAGAAGCCCAACUCGGAGCGGACGGGACACGGCCUGCGGGUGAAGUUCAACCCCCUGGCCCUGCUGCUGGACGCCUCCCUGGAGGGAGAGUUCGACCUGGUGCAGAGGAUCAUUUACGAGGUGGAGAACCCCAGCACUCCCAACGAUGAGGGCAUCACGCCCCUGCACAACGCUGUCUGUGCUGGCCACCACCACAUCGUCAAGUUCCUGCUGGACUUCGGGGUCAACGUCAACGCCGCAGACAGCGAUGGCUGGACCCCCCUGCACUGCGCCGCCUCGUGCAACAGCGUGCACCUCUGCAAGCUGCUGGUGGAGUCGGGCGCCGCCAUCUUCGCCACCACCAUCAGCGACGUGGAGACGGCGGCCGACAAGUGUGAGGAGAUGGAGGAGGGCUACAUCCAGUGCUCCCAGUUCCUCUACGGCGUGCAGGAGAAGCUGGGCGUGAUGAACAAGGGGGCGGUGUACGCGCUGUGGGACUACGAGGCGCAGAGCUCGGACGAGCUGUCCUUCCGGGAGGGGGACGCCAUCACCAUCCUGCGGCGGAAGGACGACAGCGAGACGGAGUGGUGGUGGGGCCGGCUCAACGACAAGGAGGGCUACGUCCCACGCAACCUGCUGGGGCUGUAUCCCAGGAUCAAACCCCGACAGCGCUCGCUGGCGUAG